UUUGCAUCAGUAUGUCCAUCUGGCUGGUGGAUGUCUUGUAUUGUUUUGUCUAAACGUCACAUCCGCUACCGCUGCCAUGGUUAGAUGGUCGGAAAUGAACCACUGACGUUAGCUGUCAAUGGCCGACAAGCUGACCGACUGCGACAUUGCACAAGCUUGGGACAUUUUACGCAAACAGAUCAGCUAUCAGCUGGUCGGGGAGGAGCUGAUACCUGUUCCCUACAUCACGGAGGCCGAUCUGUAUGACCUGGCGACAGUGUUCUACAAAAUUGACGACGGAAAGGGGAUAAUAUCGAAGCUGACGAAGCCACGGCUGUACGAGGUACUUGGUCCGCUCACCAGCGUGGCCGACCUGGCCAGCUGCAACCGGUCCGAGCUGGCAAUGUGCUCCCGUCCCCACAGCGAGGAGCUCGACUUCCCUGCCCAGUACAGAUGUGAUUUGUGGGGCAAAACGGGGAAGGAAAUUCACCUGACAGUCAACGCGCCGCACAAGAAGGUCAUCCUUCUCACUGCAACUCAGCCCGGGGACUUGGUGAUCAACAGGGCAGCAGAUCCAGCGCUGGCGUACAUUGACCGCAUAUACCUGAUCACGGAGGUGGUGUAUGCCAGCGCGGUUGACUUGGUAGUGAUAGCGGCGGGCAGGACCAAACAGUACUCUUCCAAUCGGGAAUUGCCGCUGGCGUUCACCUACCAGAAGUUUCCAAUCGACGAUUACGGCGCUAUAGGCACCCAGGUGCCAUCUGGUGGCGACAUGAAGAAGAUGCGCUUCCAGCAGCAGCGGCAGAGGCGUCAGCCGGACGACCCUCUCCCGCCUGCGCCUCGGACUUCGAUCACGGCACGCUUGAACCCGGCGGCCCGGCGCAACCCGCGAGAUGGCCUGCCACUGCUGCCGGCGGCCGGGGCUGACCGGGGCCCACCACCCCCGCUGCCACCUGACGACUUCUGACCGGGACACGCGGCCACCUGGCGACUUCUGAACGGGGCCCGCCACUGCCGGCAUGGCGACUUUUGGCUGUGACCUGCGGUCACCUGGCGACUUUUGAACGGGGCCCGCCACUGCCCGCCUGGCGACUUCUGACCAAGAGCUGCGGCGACCCGACGACUGUUUACUGGGGCACGCCGCUACCCGCCUGAAAGCUUCUGAAUGGGACCCGCGGCUGCCCGCCUAGCGACUUCUAACCAGGAGCCGCACCAGCUGACGAUCUCUGACUGGGAGCCGCAGUUAGCCAGACAACAUUGACGGGUGUCCGCUGUCGUUGGACUCACUUCUUCAACCAGCGCGCGACAAUAGGAAAAGCGUCACGCAGUCGGGCCGGCAUGUGUUGC